AUGCUUGCCAUUCAACUUCUCACCUUGGGGGCUUUGUUCGCGCAGGCGUGGGCUUUGCCCGCUGUCGAGGAGACCUCUGUCCCGACUCCCACCACGGCUUCUUCCUCUCUCCCUGUCGCUGAGUCCCAGCUAGACAUUCUAAGUGAUUUGGCAUACGAAUCUGCCGUUGAUAAUGUUGGAAGCGCCAACAAUCUUGAGAAGCGCGGGGGUUGCUCAGUGGGCAACUUGCGCAUUCGUCGUGACUGGAGAUCCUUCUCAAGCACCCACAAGAAGUCCUAUAUCAAGGCCGUGCGUUGUCUCCAGGAGCUGCCAUCGCUCAGCCCCUCUGAGCUGGCUCCUGGUGCACGCUCUCGUUAUGAUGAUUUCGUUGCUACCCACAUCAACCAAACCAUGCAAAUACACUACACUGGUACCUUCCUGGCGUGGCACCGGUACUACAUCUGGAGCUUCGAGGAAGCCAUGCGCAACGAGUGUGGCUACACCGGAGACUACCCCUAUUGGAACUGGGGCGCUGAUGCCGCUGACCUAGAGAACUCCCAGGUCUUCGACGGUAGCGACACCUCGAUGUCCGGCAACGGCGAGUACGUCGAAUCCACCGGCGACAUCGAACUGAGCAUGGGCGACUUGCCAACCAUCUACCUGCCCACCGGCAAUGGAGGCGGCUGCGUUACCAGCGGCCCCUUCAAAGACUUCCAAGUCAACCUCGGUCCCAUGUCACUGAUGCUGCCCGGUGGCAAGACAGGGACCUCGGAGAACCCGCUCGCAUACAACCCUCGCUGUCUCAAGCGCGACCUCAGCACCCAGAUCGUCCAUGACUAUGCCAACUUCACUGCCAUCGUGGACCUGAUCGUCCGUCAUGAUACCAUUAACGACUUCCAGAUGAACCUGCAGGGAGUUCCCGGUAGCGGCAACAUCGGCGUCCACGGUGGAGGUCACUACUGUAUGGGUGGUGAUCCUUCCCGUGAUGUGUUCGUUAGCCCUGGCGACCCGGCUUUCUGGCUUCACCACGGUAUGAUCGAUCGUGUCUGGUGGAUCUGGCAGAAUCUGAACCCUGGAAAGCGUAUCAAUGCUAUUUCUGGCACGGGGACUUUCUUGAACAGCCCUGAGUCUCCUGACACUACACUCGACACUGUCAUUGACUUGGGCUAUGCUGCGGGUGAGCCUAUCGCCAUGCGGGAUAUCAUGAGUACCGUUUCUGGUCCCUACUGCUAUGUUUAUCUGUAA